AUGAUCAAAGCCAAGGCCAAAAAGUGGGUCUUCUUCUUCUUCCUGGACAGAGGCAAUAUUUGCAUCCACCCAAAUAGUCUUCUUUGUAUCCUUUGCUUCUUUUCCUGCAAAAGUUACAUUUCACACAUCAAUGCAGACGCUGAAGAAAUGUCGCAGCCGCCGGCGAAGGAAGACUUUAUAAGCAACCUCAAUGGGACGACGUUGCUUGAAAUCUCCAUUGGCUUACCCCUUGCGCCGUUAUGCGUGCUUUCCAGAGGACUUCUGUUGAUACUCUACUUCCUUCACAAUGGAAAACCUUUAUCUUCAACAAGGGGUCACUUUCUUCUGGACUUUGCUGUUUUGGUUGUUCCGCCGGUGCUUUCCUGCACCGUUUUGGCGCCCGUCCUGCUGUGGGUGAUCCUCUCCAUCGUGGCGUUUUGCGCAGUCUUGGUUUUGACCAUCUACUGUAGGAGAACCAGUUACGCCAAAGUACCUCCUAAGCAAAUCCUAAGCGAUUUUUGGAAUGCACGCUUGGAACCAAUGUAUAUCCCUUCCAUAACCGUGUUCCGGGUAUUCGUCAACAUCUUGACGUCCAUCAGCAUCCUGGCCGUGGAUUUCCCGCAGUAUCCCCGGAGAUACGCCAAAACGGAGACCUACGGGACGGGAGUGAUGGACUUUGGAGUCGGAUCCUUCGUCUUCGGAAACGCUGUGGUUUGUCCAGAGGUUCGGCUGCAACCCGGCGCGGUCCGAAGCAAGUUCUUUUACCUCGUGAGGCAGUUCUUAGCCGUAUGGCCUCUGCUCUUGCUCGGCUUUGGCCGCCUGCUUAGCGUCAAGGCGGUCGAGUACCACGAACACAUGUCCGAAUACGGCGUGCACUGGAACUUCUUCUUCACGCUAGCCGCCGUACGCAUGGGAGCAACCUUGCUUUUGACUCUGUUUCCCGUCCGCAAAGCAUGGGUUGUCGCGACAGUGCUCGCCGUCGUUUACGAAUGUUUCCUCGACCUCCUGCCUCUGAAGGCGUUCAUCUUGCACGGGAGCGAUGGGAAGGAUUCGAGGACCGGGUUCUUCAACGCCAACAGAGAGGGCAUCUUUUCGGUCGUCGGCUACCUCGCCAUCUACAUGGCUAGCGUGCAGAUCGGGUUGUAUUUGUUGAAGAAGCGAAGCGCCGUGCGAGAGUGGUUUGGCGUGAUUCCGGUUUUUCUGUCGGCUGUUGGUCUCCUUUUUCUGGGUCUGGACAUAACCCAGACGUACAUAGACGCCGUUUCCCGCCGGAUGGCGAAUCUCGCGUUUUGCAUCUGGGUGGUGGCACACUGCCUGGUGCUCUUUAGUUGCUUUUUGGUGGCCGACCUCAUUCUGGUGUUCGCAAAACUUCUGGCGGAUGGGGCCGACGUUCCUUGUAGUUGGAGGUUUGCGCAGCCGUCACUGGCACAGAAGAAACGCGAUUUGGUGGGACCACUGGAUACAAAAACCCUUCCUCAAAAUGUGUGUGUGAUCAGCGCUGUUAACAAGAACCAGCUCCUCUAUUUCUUGCUAGCAAACGUUUUAACCGGCAUCGUGAAUUUGCUGGUGGAUACCAUCCACAGUUCCACGUUCGCUGCCAUGUCCAUUCUGCACUUGUACAUGUUGACCAACUGUUGUGUUAUGUAUCUGUUGCAAGCCAAAAAUAUCAUCUUCAAGUGGUGGUAGUCUUAUUACGGCGGUAUCUUGACAAAAAAGGAAGACCUGUACGAACCCCAAAUCUGUGAUUUGGACCAUGGUUUGACACCAUUUUAACUGCCGUCGCUAAAUGGCUCUGGGAUUUUGGGAACUGUAGUUUGUUUAAGGCUGACCUGCUGCUGUAACUUGACGCCAACAUUUUCCGCUUCUCUAGCCGUCCUUCGACAUCCUUCCGGUGUCAAUGCUGCUACAAAAAUAAAAACCCUUUUAAGACUAUGUAAAAAUUAAUAACUUGUCAAUAUAUGCCUGUAUUCAGAAAUAUAAUGCGGAGCCAGUGUGCUCAGAGAUGGGCGUCAUGUACGAAUGGAUUGUUUCCAAACCUCUGAGGAAAUAAAUUAUUACUUUCCUUUAAAAAGAUGGGUGUUGUAAUAUGUUGCAACUGUUAGCUGGGAGCUCUUGAAUUAUAAGUGCCUGCAACGCCAACAAGAACUGGGUCCACAUUAAAAGAUGGCCUGUGAAUGGUUGCUAGAGAGCAAGGGUGCGUCCGCACUGUAGGAAUAAUGC